AUGGACGAGAACACGCUGGACAAGGAGAACUGCCCGCCGGGAUCGCGGCCGAUGCAUGGGAAGAGCCCCAUGGGACCGAAGGCAGACGCCUCGAGCCGUCGGCCGGCGCUCCAGGCGCUACCGCCUCAGCCGACAGCGCAGAGCCCCGCUAGCGCACGACCAAGCGGUACCACUAGCAGCGGCAAGAGCAAGAAGCGAACCGUCGACGGCAACGCCAAACCCGACGUCAAGCUCGAGCCCCUUGUGGUCCCGAUCGCAGCGCACGCCGUCAUGGACUACCCUCGGGCUCCACCCAAGAAGUUCAAGACGACAGAUGCGUGGAAGGAGCAAUCCUACGUCUCGAUCUUCGACAUGCAAUUUGUCGACCACGACGAAUGCAUGGCGACGCUCAACUCGUUUCUCAUUGCGAACGGCGUCGGCGCCACGGCUGUCGGGAAGCAGUAUGUGGCCGAGGUGCAUGUCGGAACGACGUUUCAGUGCUGCACGCGCCAAGCCGCGUUUUUGGUCGGUCAUGGCGGCAUGGCCUCGACACACUGUCCGUGGACCAUCGAGAUGAAAGUCAACACGACGUCGCAGCGCUGGCGCAUUGUGCGAUCGCUUUCUCAGCACAACCACCACGUUCCGUCCCCGAAUGCACCGCCUACCUACUCGUUCUACAGCUCCAUGCCGCGCGGACCAUGGGCAAACCCGCUCGUCGCCGAGACCGAGAUCGACGACUGGUGCCGACUGCGCGGCUUCGCCGUCGUCUUCAACCCAGCUGCGUCGACAGGGACGAGCUACAUGCUAUCGUGCCAGUGCAACUGCCCGUGGUUUGUCUUCCUCCAUCACAGUGCAAACGACGAACAAUGGCGGCUGUACCCUGGCAACCUCGUGCACAAUCACGCCGUUGCCGUACCACUCGGGCCGUACUUGAGCAAGGCUGAGUGCCUCGGCGCCGUACUGCAGUGGUGUGCAGCGCAGAACGUCCUAGUUGCAACCAGCCGUCUCUUCCAGGACGUAAAAGGCCGCAGCGUGCUUGCCGUGGUCUGCACCAAGGACGCUAUGUGCCCCUUUCACAUCCGCAUCGUGCCCGCGUCGCCCUCGGGCUGGCGCAUCCACAUCGCGUCGGACAGUCACGAGCACGUCGGUGACCACAACGAGAGCAUGUAG